UUAGAUUCUGAAGCUUGUGGAAUUGGAUGGAAGUUUUUUAACACAUCCUGCUACAAAAUAUCCAGUCGCUCGAAAACAUGGGAGGAAGGUCUGGCGGAUUGUAAUUCUAUGAAUGCAGAUCUUGUUGUGAUAAAAAGCCAAGAGGAAAUGGAUUUUAUUUACAAUUUAUUUGUAAAGCCUCUGCAGUCCAGGAACGCUUGGAUCGGGCUUAAUUUUAAAGGUGGCUCAUUUCUUUGGAUUGAUGGUACUAAAGUGACGUACAGAAAUUGGAAUAUCAGGGAGCCAAACAACGUUAAGGCGUUGAACACUGUGUGGAGACUUUGGUAA